AUAAAAUCCAAGUAAUUCAACAUGGCGAACGCCAAACCGAUAAAUGCUGCAAUUCUAACAGUGAGUACUAGCUGUUCGAUUGGUUCUGCAAUCGAUAAAAGCGGUCCAAAUCUGACGAAAUUGUUACGAGAAAGCACAAGCAUCAAAGUUGACAAAAUCCUUGAGAAAUGCGUCACAGACAAUAAGGAAAUCAUUGAGUCUACAUUGUUGCAGUGGUGUGAUGUUGAUGAAGUUAAUUUAAUUUUAACAACUGGUGGCACUGGAUUUGCACCAAGUGACGUAACACCUGAGGCUACAAGAAGUGUUAUCACCAAGGAAGCACCAGGUCUUUCAUACCACAUGAUCAAUAAAUCCAUUGAAGUGACUAAAAUGGCCAUGUUAUCGAGAGCUGUUUGUGGUAUCAGGAACAUAACAAUUCUCAUUAAUUUACCUGGAAGUCUGAAAGGAUCUCAAGAAUGUUUCAACUUUAUAUCACCCGUCUUGCCACAUGCUUUGGAUCUUCUUUUGGAAGAUAAACAAUCUGUUAUUGAGGUACAUAAUAUGUUAUCACGAAGUUACGACGUUUCUAAUGAAGUCAUUUGGAAGAAUGCGAAGGAAGAAGUUCACGUCUGUCCUCAUGGAAAAUUCUCGUCGAUAACUAAAAAAUACGAUUUAAGUAAAGUUGCAGAAAGAGAUCGUCACUCGAGAUUUCCAUUGAUGCCUAUGGAAGAAGCAGUUACAACCGUCUUGAAACAUGCACUAUGCUGUUCAACGCAAGCGUUCAACCCUACACAAGAUGCCUUGGGUUACAUUCUAUCUCGUGAUGUAACGGCUAAAGAACCUUAUCCACCGUUUCCUGCUUCAAUUAAAGAUGGAUACGCCGUUGUAGCUUCAGAUGGACCUGGUCAACGAUUUGUUCUCGGACCUGUUACUGCAGGAAUGACGCCUGAUGUAAGUUUGCGAGCGGGUUAUGUGAUGAGAAUAACAACUGGUGCUCCCAUACCAGAGGGGUCUGAUGCUGUCGUGCAAGUUGAAGAUACUAAAUUGAUUCAAAGUGCAGCUGAGGGUCAGAGUGAAGUUGUAAUCGAGAUAUUGUCAGAUCCUUGUCCUGGCCAGGAUAUAAGACCGGUUGGAUUCGAUAUUAAACAAGGCGAGAGACUUCUUUCACGUGGAGAUUAUCUUGGUCCUCCAGAACUCGGUCUCUUGGCAACAGCUGGCGUUCUUGAGGUGGAUGUUUUUAAUAAACCGAGCGUUGCCGUCCUUUCUACUGGAAAUGAGUUAGUUGAAGUCGAUGCAAAAAAAAUUCAAUAUGGACAGAUCAGAGAUUGUAAUAGAACGACGUUAAUAUCCGCUUGUCGGCAGCUUGGAUAUACCGUUUAUGAUUUUGGAAUAUCAGAGGAUAAUGUCGAAAGUUUAAAAACGAAGCUAGUCCAAUGUCUUAAUGCCGCUGAUAUCGUUAUUACAUCCGGUGGAGUUUCCAUGGGCGAGAAGGACCUUCUGAAACCUUUACUUCAAGAUGAGCUAAAUGCAUCUAUUCAUUUUGGUCGAGUUUUUAUGAAACCAGGAAAACCAACUACGUUUGCUACACUGGACUAUUGUGAUCAAAAGAAAUUAUUCUUUGCUUUGCCCGGAAACCCCGUAUCAGCCUUAGUUACGUUCCAUCUUUUUGUCCACCCGGCUUUGAGGAAGAUGUCUGGAUUUUGCAAUCCGCAAUUACCCAGAAUAAAAGCUAAGCUAUCCACUGAUGUUCGUCUUGAUUCGCGACCUGAAUUUCAUCGUGCACAUUUGUCCUGGCGGCAGGAAAGUCCUUUUCCGAUUGCCACAAGUACCGGUAGUCAAUGCAGUAGUCGAUUACUGAGCAUGCGUACAGCUAGUGCCUUAUUGGAACUUCCACCUAGGACAGAAAAUCGAAACACGUUACCUAAAGACAGCUUGGUUGAUGCUAUCGUUAUUGGGAACCUGUGAAAUUCACAAUAAAGUAUUAGAGAAAUUACCACAAA